AUUUGUGAAAUGUUUUUCUGUUUACUGCUGUCUCUUCUCUGCUGUUUUUUGUUUACCGUUUGAGUGAUUACGAAUGGGAAUCGGAAUUAUUUAAAAAUAUUUGAAAAUUAAUCCUUUUUUGGGUUUAAAAUAGUGUGAUUUAUAAAUUUAAAAUAUGGUAGUGUGUACGCCAGAUCACGGCAUUCAGGCCGAUGUUGUUUUUCUUAUAGAAGCAACAGCAGUUAAUGGAGCCUAUAUUGAAGAUAUAACAUUUAAAUAUAUUAUUCCUACUAUUGAAUAUUUUAAUCAAGGUAGUAUAGAUGAAAAUAGCUAUAUAUCAGAAAACUCAAAUUCUUCCUACGGCAUUGUUACAUAUCAAGCUGCUGAUUGUUUACCGCGCCUAAGUAGUGAUACUUUUGGGCCUUUUUCAAGUCCAAGCAAAGUAAUAAGCGCUAUAGAAAGACUUGAACUGAUUGGUGGAAAAGGAGAAUCACAUGCCAACAUAGCUGAAGGUCUAGCCACAGCUCUGUGUUGUUUUGAGGAGCUACAGUUAAAACGUGAUCCUAACAUUGUAACUCAGAAGCAUUGCAUUUUGAUUUGCAAUUCGCCACCUUAUUUGUUACCGGUGUUUGAAUGUCAACAAUAUGCUGGAAAAAAUGCUGAACAAUUGGCCUCCAUAUUACAAGAGAAAAAUGUUAAUUUGUCAAUUAUUUCACCUAGAAAAAUACCACCCUUAUACAAGUUGUUUGAAAAGAGUGGUGGAGAUCUUAUUGCCUCACAAACAAAGAAUUAUGCUAGAGAUCCCAGACAUUUAGUUCUAUUAAAAGGAUUUAGCUUAAAAGAAAGACCGGUAAGUCCACCUCCAGGCACAGUGACCAAUCAACCUCAACUUUCAUCAAAUCCUCUUCCUAUAACUUCUAUGCCCAGUCCGUUAACUGGAAACGACAGCCCAAUACAUAACUCACAAAUUGGUACACCUCAGAAUCCAAACAUGAUGGGUAAUAACUCGCCUACUGUUGGACAAAGUCCAGUGUAUCGAUCACCAAAUCCUCAAGUUGGUAGAAUAAUGCAAACGACUCAAAUGGCUCCUAUGGGAAUGGCAGGUAUGCCUGCCCCACCUGGUUAUCAUGCUGCUACAGGAAAUAGACCGACAUGGCCUAUGCCGCCACCCACUCAGCAACCGCGACCAUAUAUGCCUCAGAAUCAGCCUGUCAACACUACAUCUGGUGGAAGUGCCCUGAUAGCUCAACUCAACCAACCUCCUUCUAUAUCUGCCAGCAACGUAAAUGUCAACCAAUUUGGACAAAUUAACGUUAACGCGAAUUCACCCAUAAAUAAAAUGAAUAUGGGACAACAGCCUAAUGUUCAAACUUCAAUGGCUCAGAAUCCAUCUAUAAAUUCCCCAAUGCCUCAGGUUUCUCAGCCCAAUCCUGUUGUUACUUCACAAGCACAGAAUACGCAAGCGGCUCCUCCACAGAGCAGCAGGGAACGUCAUACUAUUUGGCAGGGUGUGCUUGAAUGGAUUGAGAAACCUAAAAAUCCUACAGAUCAACAAAAAGUCACUAGGCACGUUCCUUGUCAAGUUUCAUCCAGUUCCAAAGAUGGCGAACCCGAAAUGAAAGCAGAUGGAUGGCCUCAAAAGCUUAUUAUGCAGUUAAUGCCAAAGCAAUUGAUUGGUAAUAUUGGCGGGUCUUAUCUAAAGAAUUCCAAAUCGGUCUUGUUCCAUCCCACGCAUUGUGAGGCGCUAGAAUCAUUAACGAGAGUCAUGAAUUCUGGCUUUGCUGGUUGUGUGCAUUUUACAAACACCCAAAAUCCCCCAUCAUGUGAUAUCAAAGUACUUAUUCUUCUGUACACUGCAGAUAAGAGGGCAUAUCUGGGUUUUAUACCAAAUGACCAAGUAGCGUUUGUGGAUAGACUGAGAAAAGUUAUUCAACAACAAAAAUCAACGCAAAUGCGACAGGGCGGAAAUGGUCAACCAAUGAACCCCCAAGGCGGCGGUCAACUACCAAUGGGGAACACCCAGCAAAUGAGCGGGGCGAAUCCUGUCACUUCCCAAAGCGGUCAAGGACUGAUGAUAUCACAAACAAAUACCAUGUCUAUGGGUGGCGGUCAAAUCACGCAAAAUGUAUCUGGGACUGGCCAGCCGGGAGCACCUCUAGGACAACCCGGUCCUGGAAUAGGACAAACAAUGGGUCAAACUGGCAUCGUUCAAUCCGGAUCUGCCAUUGGCCAGGGCGGAUCCGGUAUAGGUCAACCGGGCGGGAACAUAGGACAACCGGGUAAUCCGAUCGGUCAACCCGGUGGACCCAAUAUUGCCGGAAUAAUGGGACAAAAUGUCGGACAACAAGGUCCAAACCAAGGUAAUAUGCAAGGCGGAAUGAUGGGCCAACCGGUUCAGAGAGCGCCCUUCGAGAACCAGCUUCAAGCGGAAAGACAACAAAACCUGGAGAAAAUCAAUAAAUUGAAACAAACUCUGGAAGCGGCACAACAGCAAGAACAACAGUAUAAGAGUCAACUGGAGAGAAUAAGUCACAUGAAGACGUCGCACUUACAAGAGGCGUUGCAAGCCGCUCAGCACACGGAAAUGCAGUAUAAAAUUUUAGAGCAAAGGAUGAGCGCGCAAAAUAAUCCACAAGUUCCUCAGCCGACCAAUCCCCAACAACAAAGAAUGAUGAGGCCGGUGAUGACUAACAACCCCGGACUGCGUCAUUUAUUGCAACAGGUAACACAACCUCAGUACCGGCAGCAGUUGAUAAGCAUGCAGCAGAUGGGUGGCAACAAUAGCAGAGGUCAGAUGGGUCAGCAACAGAUGCCAAACCCUCAGGCUGGCCAACCUAACCAGUUCGACGAAGUGCCGGGGUUCGAUUUCAACGAAUUAAAUAAGUUUUAAGUAUGAAGAAAUGAAAAUGUAAAUAUGAAUAAAUGUAUAUAGUAAAGA